CUCUGUGGCUGCCAGGCUGGGGGUUGGCAGAGGAAUGGGAGAAGAAGGAAAAUCUGUUCCUUCCUCCCUCCCCCAAAGGGACAGUGGCCAAGGCCUGUGCAUCUGGAACUGGCCUCCCUGCCCCAAAGCACGCAGUAGUCGCAUGCCUGCUCACACACCUCUUGGUGGGGGGAGAGGCAGGGGCUCCAGAGAGCAGCAGGGGCUAUGUCCAUAGACCCCAAGGGAGGAUGGAGGGGUCUAGCCAGGUCCAGCUGCCUUCCCCCUAGAGUUUGAAAUAUCCCACUCCCUUCAGGGUGCAAUAAUCCAGAGACUUUAAACACAGACGAUGGGGGCCUGAAUGGCUGUGGAUUGCUCUCUGGGGUCUCUGUGUGCAAAUGUUUGUGUGCUUGUAUGUGCAUGCUUGAAUGUGUGUGUAUAUGAGUGCACACCCGGCUUGGCUGCGUGCAGAUGUGUGAGUCCGUGCACGUGUGCAUUUGUGUUUCUGCAGAUGGUGCACAUGAGCACGCGUGUACGGUGUGCGGUGGGAUGCCUUCCUGCCCGCGUGCAUGUGCGUGUGCCCGGCCUGCGCAUGGGCGUGUUUGCACGUGCGUGCUUGACUGUGGGAGGCUGGGGCCACUGGGGUCUGCGUGGGGCUGGAGCUUGCUGUCAGGACAUCCCCAUGGCGGGGACAUACUCUGCUGUUCCUUGGGACCCAAAGCUAGUCAUUCUUGAAAAUGUGUAUAUUUCCUCUCCACCUCAAGUGGAGACUGAAGAGGGGCAGCCAGACUUGGUUGAGUGAUGUGGGGCAGGAGUGUUAGGACCUCUAGGUAUAUGUAGGAGCCCGGUAAAGGGGCUGGGAACCCAUUUCACACUUUCCACCCUGGCUGCCAGCGUGGGACAGGGAGAAGUGAGGUGGUGUCUGCAUGUCCCCACUCUAUUUCUCUCUCUCUCUCCAUCGCCCUCUGUGUAUCUCUUUCUCCUUUUUCUCUUCUGUCUCUUCAUCCCUCUUAUUCUCUCUCUGUCUCUCGCAGUCUCUCUCGCACGUGCACUCUCUGAUCUGUCUCUCUCUGCCUGAUUCUCGGUCUCUCUGCUGGUUUUUCUCUCUCCUUCCCACCCCCAUGAGUGACAGCUGCCGAGAGCGGUUUCCAUAGUAACCCAGCUCGCCGUCCCUCGGAGAUGAAGCCACCACGUUCCCCAUUACCAGGGAGCAUGCGAUUACCCAAAGGGGCAGAGCUCACACAGGAGAGGCUGGCCCAGCCCCUGCUCAGACCAGGUUCCAGCCCAGCCCCACCCGGCAGAGGGUCCAAGCUGCCAGGGCCCCUGGUCCUGUGAGCACGUGAACCCUCACUCCAUUCCACAGAUGGUGACUGCCUGUCCCCUCUUGAUCCCGACAAGGUUGGGCAGGGGCCUCUGCUGGGCACCAAGAGGGUCCAGGGACCGUCAGUGCCCAUCUCCGCUGGCAGGGGACCGGAAGCUGUUCGUGGGGAUGCUGAACAAGCAGCAGUCAGAGGAGGACGUGCUGCGGCUGUUCCAGCCCUUCGGGGUCAUCGACGAGUGCACCGUGCUCCGGGGGCCUGACGGCAGCAGCAAAGGCUGUGCUUUCGUGAAGUUCUCCUCCCACACGGAGGCGCAGGCGGCCAUCCACGCCUUGCACGGGAGCCAGACCAUGCCGGGAGCCUCCUCCAGCCUGGUGGUCAAGUUCGCCGACACGGACAAGGAACGGACGCUCCGGCGCAUGCAGCAGAUGGUGGGCCAGCUGGGCAUCCUGACGCCCUCCCUCACACUGCCCUUCAGCCCCUACAGUGCCUACGCCCAGGCUCUCAUGCAACAGCAGACAACAGUGCUGUCCACCUCGGGCAGCUACCUGAGUCCGGGCGUGGCCUUCUCACCCUGUCAUAUCCAGCAGAUCGGCGCCGUCAGCCUCAAUGGGCUGCCUGCCACACCCAUCGCUCCUGCCUCUGGGCUGCACUCACCCCCGCUGCUGGGCACCACCGCGGUGCCCGGCCUCGUGGCUCCCAUCACCAACGGCUUUGCAGGUGUCGUGCCCUUUCCAGGUGGGCACCCUGCCCUGGAAACCGUCUAUGCCAAUGGCCUUGUGCCCUACCCAGCUCAGAGCCCGACUGUGGCCGAGACACUGCAUCCUGCCUUCUCCGGAGUCCAGCAGUACACAGCCAUGUACCCCACCGCGGCCAUCACGCCCAUCGCGCACAGCGUCCCCCAGCCGCCGCCCCUCCUGCAGCAGCAGCAGCGAGAAGGUGAGGCGGCCGCGACCUCCCCUGGGCGCCAGCCCCGCCCUCUGCCCGCCCCGUCCACCUCCAGGCUCCGUGUCUGGCCCGGGCGUCUGGGACCCGAAGGGCUGAGAGUGCGGCCUGGGAGCUGGACGGGCCAGAGUUGAGUCCUGGUGCAGUCGCUGGCUCCCUGGGUGUUCUCGGGUAACGGAAUCUCCCUCUGUUUCCUCUUCUGAAAAGAGAACCAUGCUUGUCCCGACCCCAUAGGAAUAGCAGUGACUUCCUACCAACCUUCUCCAGUACCAAGAGUGAUUCUCUGGAUUUUUUGGAGAGGAAACCCUUUUUGAGGAUGGGGCAUGGCACGAUGAGGUAUCUCAGGUAAACUGAGGCCUCCCCAGUAAAGCUAAAGCUGUCGAGGGAGGGAGGGAUUAGAUUCUGGAGUCUGACAGGGUUCAAAUCCACACAGUUCUUGCCACGUGUGAUAGCUCCCGCCUGUAAUUGCACAGCGUUUUGGGAGGCCAAGGUAGGAGGAUUACUUGAGCUCAGGAGUCCAAGACUAGCCUGGCUUAGCAAGACCCCA